UUGGUGAGCAUCUGCUGCAAGCCGUAGGAAUCGGCCGAGCUGCUCAGCCAAUUUGAAGGGGGCCGGUUCAAGUUGGUGUUGCAUUGCAGCUGGAUGAAUUGCGCCGGUUUCGGCAGCGAAUACUUCACGACGGCCGUCGAUUUUAUCUCGUCCGGCGAUCCUUUCGAACCGCCCUCCAUCGCCCUUUCCUCUAUUUAGCUUCUAUUAGCUUCGAUUGUUCAUUCCGAAAUCGCCGUACGCCAUUUUCUUUUUCUAGAAAUUAUUAUUAAGGUUAAUAAACACAGACCACCUGAUUCUACCUCGGAAUCGUAAGGUCGAAUAUCGCCUGGUUAAGCUCACGUAGGAGAAGAAUAGCAAUAAUUUCAAUAUGUCACGUCUUUGUCUAACUUAUGUGGAUCUGUCAAAUUACUUGUCAUUACCGUUCGUUCUUUUGGCAUACAAACAAACGCUCGUAUUGACAAUUAUGACAUAAGUUGACAUCGACGAUUCUUAUUUUCCCAGCGGCCUCGUCAAACAAGCCCUUCGGCUACAUGAAUAUUUUUUUGUUAAUUAACAAAUCGAGCGUUUGCAUCGCAAAAACACCUACAAUCGCCGUCGCGACGCCUAAUUGCGCGGCACAAAUUCGCAAGCGACGGGAAAAAAUCGCUCGCGCUAAAAAUCGAUCGGCCCUUCAGACGGAGGAAAACCGCCCGGAUUUCCCGACCGGCAGCUGCGGGUGACCGAGAGCGCCGCGACGCCCGUCAAACGCGCCGCGUCCGCGCUGGCGUAGACACGACGCCCGCCAACUGGGAUACCGACGAUACAAUACAACCCCCUCGAUCGACACUGUGUACAUUGUCAGCGUCUCUUGAUUUGUGUAUCGAGUCGAAUCGGGGCUCCCCCCGGGCGAGUUGAUUGGGGGCGCCGCGUUGUGAUGAGUCGCCGGGUGGAUUGAGUACCAACAUAACAAAAAAAAAUCACUGAUGUUGAUCGACUCGACGGCUACCAAUCAUCUAGUACGCCAUGGAAGACAAGGCCGUCUCGACCGAAGACCUUUGGGCCGUCAGUCGCAAGACCAACGUGGCCUCGAGCCUAGCCAGGUUAGAGGCCAUCCUGCAGACCUUGCUCGAAAACAAAGCGCGGGCCUUGAGGGACGACCGUCAUCGCGGGAAACACAGAACGCGCGAAAUACCCCGGUCCAUUUUGAAGAGAUUCCGGCUGACAGAUCGCCCGUCAUCCGUCAAAAUCGGCGUCGUCAACGAGAAAUUGGCCGAACAACCGCAACAAACGGGGCCCGUCGAGACGACGGCCCGGAAAUCCGCGUUGAAAAAGGAUUUCUCCACGUCGUCGGCGGGUAGUCACUACCGAUUCGGGCAGUCCAGUUUCGAGGCCUCGUCGACGAUCAGCGACGAAGAUCGGUACCAAUCGUUCCAAUGCGACAACAUCGAUUGUUGCACCGUCAACGACAGGCCUCCGACCGGUUGUUGUUGCAGCCAGGACAUCGAAGGACAAUUGCUCCAUUCGGACGCCGAUUACGCGUCGGCGCGCCGCGACGACAACGAUAUGGAGGCGGCGGCGCGUCGGAAACGGCGCCGGCGCCGGCGUCGCAAGCGUCGCGCCAAAAGACGCUGCGAAUUGGCGCGCGUCGGCGGCGGCGCCUACCUGAUCGAGGCGGCGUCGGGCGACGUCGCCGUCGCCGUCGAGGAUUCGACGAAGAAGGCCAAGUGGACGAUCGUCGCGACGGCCUGCGUGCUGCUCUUCAUGUGCCUGCUGCUGUCCGAACCAGCCAUGCGAACCAACAACAACCCAGACUCGCAAUUAUUAUCAGCGGUGCAUCCCCGGCGCUCGUCCAGGUCCGGCUCGUUUUCGCACCACUACAACCACCCCCUCCGGCGCGCCGCCUCCCUGGACGGGCUGCUGCGCGAGCUCGACGAGGCGGCGCGGUGGCGGCGGCGGAGCUGCGGCCGCCGCCGCCGCUCCGAGGGGUCGUCGCGGCGGUCGAGCGCGUCGCGGGAGCACCGGCGUCGCCGGAGCUCGGGCGGGAACUCGUCCAGGGAGGCGGCGGCGGCGCCGGAGGUGGAGGUGGAGGCGGGUCGGAGGCGGCGGGCGAUCGUGAUGUCGGUGCUGGGGGCCUUUUUCGUGCUGUCGCUGAUCAGCGUAUCGGCGGUGUUGGUGACGCUGACGCAUCGGUCGACGGUGGCGCUGCAGCGGGAUAAUUCGACGGUGAAUGUUACUUACUAUACUUUCGCUGCGAAUCCGGAUUUGUGCGAGCACACCGAGUGGUAA